AAGUGACACUUCUCCGCCGUCGCAGCUGCUAGGGGAGGGGAGGGGGGGCAAGUCCCAGAAGGUAGCAACGAAAGCGUUCCCAUUGGUUCCCUUUUGAAGUGUUUUGCAUAACCACGCCUCCGUCUCUCUCCCCUCCCCAUCCCCUCCCCUGCCUCCUUUGGCUGGCUUGAGCUCAAGGGGUAGUGCGGUGCCGGAGUCGGGCAAGAGCGGAGGGCGGCUGUUGCUUUUUCCCAACUGGGAAGCCACCGGAGGGGCGUUUCGUGGCGCUUUCUUCUUCGCCGCGCGUCCUUUCUGCCAAUGCGGAUCACGUUCGCGGGGAGCGGGUACGGCGUUCGCCCGGCAGACCGGCUCGAAAGUCAAGCCAGACGUGGGAACUGCGAAGUUGGAGCCGAGGCUUUCGGGGCACCGCCGCCGCCUUUCUCUUUUUUAAAGUUUCCUGCUGGUGCAGCAUGAAGUGCAGCGAUGGCAAGGAGAGGUAAGACGGUAGUGAGGACGCUGGAAGAUCUGACGCUGGACUCGGGCUAUGGUGGUGCCGCAGACUCCGUCAGGUCCUCCAACUUAUCCCUCUGCUGCUCCGAUUCCCCUCACUCGGCUUACCCCUAUGGAGGAAACAGCUGGCAGCAGCAGCAGCGUCUAACUGACUCCAUGCACAGUCGGCACAACAGCUUCGACACCGUCAACACUGUCCUGGUGGAAGACUCCGAAGUGCUGGACUGCGCCGGCCAGCACUGCUCCAGGCUCUUGCCUGACCUUGAGGAGGUUCCCUGGAGCCUCGACGAGGUGGAAGCGGUCCUCCUCCCGCAGCGCAAAGAGGCCCGAGGGCUCGGGGUGGCCCCGGCCGCCAGCUCCAGCAGCGCCGCCAGCUCCACCACCGUCAGCAGCAGCAGCGGAGGCGGCGGAGGCGGCGAUGGCGGCGGCCCCCUUUGCAAAGACGCCUUGGCCAGACUUUCCACCUUGGUCAGCCGGGCUCUGAUCCGGCUGGCCAGAGAGGCUCAGCGGCUGAGCCUGCGCUUCGCCAAAUGCACCAAGUACGAGAUCCAGAGCGCCAUGGAGAUCGUCCUGGGUUGGAGCCUGGCUUCCGGCUGCACGGCGGCCGCCCUCGGCGCCUUAUCCCUCUACAACAUGAGCAGCAGCGGCGGCGACCGCUUCAGCCGGGGCAAGUCGACCCGCUGCGGCCUCACCUUCUCGGUGGGCAAGUUCUACCGCUGGAUGGUGGACAGCCGGGUGGCCGUGCGCAUCCACGAGCACGCCGCCAUCUACUUGACCGCCUGCAUGGAGAACCUCUUCCGAGAGGUUUACGGCCGGGUCCUGCAGUUCGCCGCCUCGGCGCCGCACCAGCAGCCCCACCAAAACAACCCGCCGCCUCAGCCGCAACAGUCUCAGCUGCACCACAGGGGCCCGUGCUCCAGCGCCGGCUCUGGCGGGACCUGUGCCGCCUCCGCCGCCAGUCUGCCCCCUGCCGCCGCCAACAAGGAGCGAGAGACGAACAGCGGCGGCGGCGGCGGCGGCAGCCUGACUGCUAACGAAGCGCCAAAGUUUACGCUCGAGUCUCUGGAGCAGACGGUCAACAACGACUCGGAGCUGUGGGGGCUGCUGCAGCCCUACCAGCACCUGAUCUGCGGGAAGAACGCCAGCGGUGUUCCUUGCCUGCCAGAGAGUCUGAAUCUUCACAAAGAACAGCAAAGGUCAAAUAAGCCAGGAGAUGUCCAGAUGUUUAGCCAAUCAGAAUUGCGAACCAUCGAGCAGUCGCUGCUUGCUACACGCGUGGGAAGCAUUGCAGAACUUAGUGACCUGGUGUCUCGGGCAAUGCACCACCUGCAGCCGCUCAGUGCAAAGCAACAUGGCAACACCACACCUUUGCAUCAUCGGCAGGGGUCGCUCUACUGGGAACCGGAAGCCUUGUACACUCUGUGUUAUUUUAUGCACUGCCCACAAAUGGAAUGGGAGAACCCCAAUGUGGAGCCUUCCAAAGUCACACUACAGACAGAAAGGCCGUUUAUCGUGCUGCCCCCUCUGAUGGAAUGGAUAAGAGUCGCUCUGGCUCACGCCGGGCACCGCCGCAGUUUCUCGGUGGAUAGUGAUGAUGUACGACAAGCAGCCCGGCUGUUGCUUCCAGGAGUUGACUGUGAACCUCGGCAGUUAAAAAUUGAUGACUGCUUCUGUGCUUCUCGGAAACUGGACGCAGUGGCCACAGAAGCAAAAUUCAAGCAAGAUUUAGGGUUCCGGAUGUUGACCUGUGGCCGAACAGAUCUGGUCAAGCAGGCCAUAUCUUUGCUGGGGCCCGAUGGAAUUAACAGCAUGAGUGAACAGGGUAUGACUCCACUGAUGUAUGCUUGUGUGCGGGGUGAUGAGGCCAUGGUCCAGAUGUUACUGGAUGCUGGAGCAGACCUAAAUGCUGAGGUUGUCAAUACUCCUCAUAAAUAUCCAUCCGUCCAUCCUGAGACCCGUCAUUGGACCGCCUUGACAUUUGCUGUGUUGCAUGGACAUAUUCCUGUAGUCCAGCUACUACUGGACGCAGGAGCCAAAGUAGAAGGUUCUUUGGAACAUGGUGAGGAAAACUAUUCAGAAACACCCUUGCAACUGGCAGCAGCUGCUGGAAAUUUUGAACUGGUUAGUCUGCUUUUGGAGCGAGGUGCUGAUCCUAUGAUUGGAACAAUGUACAGGAAUGGAAUUUCCAUGACUCCACAAGGUGAUAUGAACUCCUUCAGCCAGGCUGCUGCACAUGGACACAGGACUGAACAUGCGCAGCUAGCAAGAUGUAAGCGUAUCAGGAAUGUGUUUCGUAAGCUUCUUGCUCAACCAGAGAAGGAGAAGAGUGAUAUCUUGUCCCUGGAGGAGAUAUUGGCUGAAGGAACUGACUUAGCAGACAGCACGCCUGCUCCUUUAUGUGCAAGCCGCAACAGCAAGGCCAGACUCAAAGCUCUGAAAGAGGCAAUGUAUCACAGCGCUGAACAUGGCUAUGUGGAUGUAACCAUUGACAUCAGGAGUAUAGGUGUUCCGUGGACUCUCCAUACAUGGUUAGAAUCUUUGCGAAUUGCUUUUCAACAACAUAGAAGGCCCCUUAUUCAAUGUUUGCUGAAAGAAUUUAAAUCUAUCCAGGAGGAAGAAUAUACUGAAGAACUCAUCACACAAGGAUUGCCUUUGAUGAUUGAAAUCUUGAAAGCAAGUAAGAAUGAAGUGAUUAGUCAACAGCUGGCUGUCAUUUUCACUCAUUGCUACGGACCUUAUCCUAUUCCCAAGCUUACUGAAAUCAAACGCAAACAGACAUCUCGUUUAGAUCCUCAUUUCCUCAACAAUAAAGAAAUGUCAGAUGUUACAUUCCUUGUGGAAGGAAGACCAUUUUAUGCUCACAGAGUAUUACUAUUUACUGCAUCUCCUAGGUUUAAAGCCUUGUUGUCCAGCAAACCUCCCUCAGAUAGCACUUUCAUUGAGAUCAGCUAUGUGAAGUAUCCCAUUUUCCAGCUUAUUAUGCAGUAUCUCUACUGUGGAGGUUCAGAGUCACUUCUCAUUAAAAACAAUGAAGUUAUGGAGCUUUUAUCUGCUGCUAAAUUUUUCCAGCUUGAAGCAUUGCAACGUCACUGUGAGAUCAUCUGUGCAAAAAGUAUCAACACAGAAAAUUGUGUGGAUAUUUAUAAUCAUGCCAAGUUUCUUGGAGUCACAGAACUAGCUUCCUUUUGUGAGGGUUACUUUCUAAAAAAUAUGAUGGUCUUAAUUGAAAACGAAGCUUUCAAACAGUUGCUGUAUGACAAAAAUGGAGAUUCACCUGGCCAAAAUGUUCUACAAGAUUUACAGAGGACGUUGGCAACACGGAUCCAGUCGAUUCAUUUAUCAUCCUCGAAAGGCUCCAUUGUAUAAAGUUCCAGAAGUGUUUGAAGUUUCAUCAGAGAUGCUGCACGUGAAAUAUUGCUGUUGUAUUAUCUUGAGCAAAUAUAUAAUUCUUUUCCUACUGGAAUAUUACAUUGUGGUUAUGGGCCAAAGGUGCUGCCACUUACUUGAAUCUUCUUUUGGGCAAGAUGUUGUGGUACAAGUGACUCCUGGGCAUUUUUGGAACUACAAGGGUGCAUUGGUGUCCUUUGAAUGACAUAUUGUUCACAUUCUGGAUGCAGAAGUGCUGUUGUGUAGCUAACGCCAGCAGAAGACGGGCUAAGUGCUGGUAAAGAGCAGAAGCCCUGAAAGAACAAGAAUGCCAUGGAACAAUUCUUUGACAAAACCAACACAUCAGGUUUUUAUUACACAAUAUUCUGUUCUGUUUGUUAUUUUCUUGUUUGGGAGGAGACAAGCCCUGUAAUACUUCCCACUUUCAAAGUCCAUUGUAUUACACAUUUAAGAAAUAUAGGACUGGAUUACUUGCAUAUUAGCAAUUUUUUUAAAAAAAUGAUAAGACUGUUAAAAAUGUGGAAAUGUAUUUUCACAAUUUGUUAGUGGUGUGGUGUUUUUUUUUAAUGGUUCCUAAAUAAAUGGGAUGGCUCUAAAUUGUUUUCCCCAAAAGAUAUAUUUAAAAUUGAAUGUAAUAUGUUAAGUUUGGUUAUUCUUUUGUUUUUAAAUGGUGAAACAUGCACUGUGUAAACAUAUAUAUGAAAAUGGUUCGGUUCAUCUGCUUUCUUUAAAACUGAUAUAAUCUUGCCCAAAUGUUCUGAUUACACCAAAGAGGUGCAAUUACCAAGAAUUUAAUAUUUGGGGUAGGGGGAAAAUCUGCAUGCUAGUUGUGGUUUGGGACUUAAAACAGCAAUGAAAUUCAACAUGCAUUUGCAUGGUAAUGGUACUUGUAAAAUGUUAUGUUUGUGCUUAAUUUUUCCAAGAAAAAAAUGACAAUGCAAUGUUAAUUCACUGUCAAUACCAUUUGUGAAAUUAUAUUUCAGGGUUUAUUUUCUGGAUGCAUACAGUUCCCACAGAGUUUUAAAGAUGAAGAUUUCUAGUUGUAUACGAAAGGUCAAUCCUGGGUCUUUAUUAAGUGAAAAGAUGGUAUUUUGUUACUAGGCAGAGGUUAUGAUCGAGAUGAUUUAUUUUAAUUAUAUAUUAAAUAUAUGCUAUAGAGUGAUUUCUUGCCAUAAAUUCAGAAUGAGUCAACUAUAUGCUUAUAGAGGCCUGUACCAGGUCUUGGAUUAUUCAGUGACAAAUAUUUUUAAGACAACUUUAAUAAGUGCCACACAAACUCAACCAUGUUGAUUGGAUAAGCUGUUAUUUUGUGGACUUGCAGGUACACUAGAUUCCAUCAGAAUCGUUUAUCAUGCUAGCUUUCCUUUGAUAGAAAUGAAUUAUGGCUGGUUCAUAAGCUUUGAGAUAUUCGUGAUGAUGAUGGCGCAAAAGUAUAUUCUUUUAUAAAGGUGCUACUUCUCGUUUAAAGAUUUUUUAAAAUAUAUAUAUAUAUACAGGAAUAUACAGGAAUCCAAUUUUUGUAAUAGAAGGUAAGAAAAGAAAGCUCUGGACAAUCCUCCUUAGUUGCUACUUAAACCAUUGUAAGCAACAGUACUUGCAAAGGUGCCUAAACUAUCUUAAAAUUCUAGUGGCACAGUUUGAAUAGUGAAAUAUGAGUCUUGCCCAUCCCUGCUAUGUGGUCUGCAAUUAGCCUCUUCCUUUCACUGAAUGUUUGCAAUGCUUAUAGGGGCAAGAAGCUGACCACUGUUGAGACUGUCUCCUUGCAGUCCUUCCCUUAUGACUGUGCUUCCUAGUAAGUAAGACAGCAGGUGGGCUGUUAACAUCACAUCUGAAAGUCCUGUAUGUGUUAAUUGCCAAGUUGCCAAACAAUGGUUCAGGAUGUAGGAUCAUGCAGCACUAAAAGUGUACGAAUAUUUUGUUUUUUUUCUUUUUGUUCUUUUUACAAACUAAGGAUGCAUUCUAAAGCCAACUUCCCACAACAUACUAGAACCAGGCCAACACAAUGAGCCACAAUAUGGUUUAUCUGGGCAUAGCAUGUUAUAAGAACCCAGCCAUUUAUUUUGUGAAGUCGGGUUUAGAGCUAAGCUUGUAACAGGAAUCUAAUUUAAUCGAAACUGUUAUUGUGAUGUAACGUUUGUGAAUGUAAGAAACAAAA